AAUCUUUAUAAUUUCCUUCUUUUUGGUAGUUUUUAGUUUAAUUUGCCCUUCUCCUGUGUCAUUAAGUGCACAGUUAGGUUAUUGAUUUGAGAUCUUUCUUCCUAUUUAAAAUAGUUAUUUGCAGCUAUAAAUUACUCUACAAGCACUGCUUUUGGUUCUUCCUAAAUGUUUUGGUACAUGUGUUUGCUGCUUCCCAUAAGUUUUGGUAUAUUGUAUUUGUUUCAAAGUAUCUUCUAAUUCCCUCAUGAGUUCUUAUGGAUCAUUUAAGAAUAUUGCUUAAUUUCCACAUUUGUCAGUUUUUCAGUUUUCCUUCUGUUACUGAUUUCUGGUUUCAUUUAGAUGUGUAUAUGCUUAUAAUUGUUAUAUUUUCUUGAUAGUAGCUUUGAAAAUCAGAUUCUCCCCCUCCUCAGGAAUUGCUCUUGUUACUUGUUGAGGCUACAGUGGUGUGUUUGUGUAGUGAUUUUUCCAAAUUAUUAUGCAUGGUCUAUGUUCCUUAUUGGGUGUAAUCACUGAAGUUUCUUUUCUGCUCUGUAUGCAGUCUACCUGUGACCUAAUAGAGAUUUUCUGAAAUAUUUGGAUCUGAUCUGGGUAUGCACAUUGGAUGGAGAGGUGUUCUUAAAUUUUAUGAUACACAUCACCAGAAGCUACUGCAGCCUGCAGGGGCCAAAUCAAAGCUGUGUAGGUCCACCAGACUCGUGAAAAUGCACAACCUCCAAUUUUUGGAGGGCAAGGUUCUUACUCCUUACUGUCUACCCUGGCAUCAGCCAGCUGCUCUAGGAAUAUGGGCCACCUUCCAGCAGGCUGUGGCAGGGCUAAGGAACCAGGGAUUUGUGUAUCCUGCACCCUUCUGAGAUUCAGCAGUCUCUUCUUUCCCGCUCUCGUGCUAAGAGUGUCUGACAAGCUUCCAGAGUUCUGAAAUAGUGAUUCUGAUCAUUCUCCCAGCUUCCUGGUUGUGUUGGUGGAGAGACCAACCGUGGAGCUUCCUGCUCUACCAUUUUCUGUAAUCUCACUUACGGCAUUUAUUCUUGUAGAGCUGUUUUUAUACGUCUUAUUCUCAGUCAUUUCGAAUUCUACUACAGAUACUUGAACUUUAUGAAAAAAACGAUGGGUUAUUCAAUAAAUGAUGUUGGAAAAAUAGGCUAGCCAUUUUGGAGGGAAAAGGGCUGAGUCCCAACCUUACUCUUUAUGCCAAAAUAAAGUCCAUGUAUUAAAGGUUUAAAUGUUUAUUUUUUUAAAUGGUAUCAGGAUAAAAACCUAAAUAAUUAUUUUUAUUUUUAAAAAUAAUUUUGGAGUUGAGAAUGCCCUUCUAUGUCUCACACAAAACCCUGGGGCCAUAAAGCACAGAAUGGUAUUUUCAUAUAAAUUUCAUUGUGGCAAAAAAAUUCUAUAAAGUAAGCUAACUGAAAAAUAUUGCAACAUAGGAUAAAAAUAAUUAUCUGAAUUUGUAAAAAACCCCGCUAAUAAGAUGGAUUGCCCGAUUUGUUUGAGCCAAGGAUAUGACUAAUUUAUAGAAAGAAAACCAGAAAUGACCAGUAAACAUGAGUACAGAGUAUUAGCCUCAUUCAUAAUUAAGGGCAUGCAGAUCAAAACAGCAGUGAAUCGUGUCACUUAGGAGAUUUGCACACUUUUUUUUCCUUGUUUAAUGACAUUCAGUCUUCAUAAGGGUGUGGGAAGUAAACAUUGUCAUUUAUUGUUGGUCAGAGUUUGACUUAGGGCAAGCUUUCUGGCAAGUGGUUUGGUAAUAUAUAUCAGAAAGUCAAAUGUACAGCCCCUUAACCCAACAAUUACAAUGCCACUGGUAGAAAUUGCCCUAUAGAUAUUUCCAAAGGUAUGCCAAGAUAAUUAUAUACAGAUAUCCAUCGCAGCAUUGCUUAUAAUUUCAAAAUCCCAGCCAACUGAAAUUCUAUAAGAAGAGAAUUGCUUAAAUUAUGAUACAUCCAUAUAAUAGGAAGCUAUGUGGCCAUUAAACAGAAUGAGUUAGCUCUUUGUGUACUAAUGUGGGAAGAUCUCCAAGAUAUAUUAAGUGACAAAAGCUAAGUGUAGAAUAAAAUGUAGGUAAUGAAUCCAUUUGAGUAGGGAUUUUUAAAGGAUAUAUAUGAUUUAUUCUGAUAUAUGCACAGAGAAGUUUCUAGAAAUAUAUACAGGAGUUUAAUGGUGAUUUCUUAUGAGGGUGACUAGGAAUAAAUGAUGAAGAGAUUUUUUUUUACACCUUUAUAUAGUUUUUUUUACAUGCGCAUGUAUUGUCCUCCUCCCCACCCCACCCCCUUUUUCAGAUAGCUAAGAACAAGAUUCUACAGUGGUGAGAUGUAGCGGAGAAUCUGUUCACCCAGAUGUAGUUGUUAGAAUAUACAUGCUUCUAGUCUAUUCAUUUAUAUAGUCAGCUUUUCCUUUUGAAACUACAAAUACCUAAAUAGUUUAUUUCAUGGUCUAUUCUUGUUUUAAAUUACUCUGAAAUGUUUUAAGAUGUAUAAAAUCCUAAAUUAACCCUAAUUAACCCUAAAUUAAUUAAUGAGUUAACACAUUAAUGUCUUCAUUCUGAAGACAUUGUCUUACCCUUUAAAAUUAUUAAUGACUAAUUUGUCAUUUUGGCAUCUUAGAGGAGGCACAGUGAUGUGGUAGGAAAAAUAGCAUAGACUUUGGAGUCAUACAGACCUGGAUUCACAUCUCAACUUAAUAAAAACUAGCUUUUAACCUUGGGAAUAUUACUUAAAAUAGCUAAACUAAGAAUAUCAAGCCCUACAUUUGCAGAGUAAUUAUAAAGAUUAAGUGAAAAAAGGUGUACAGUCCAUGGAGAUAAUAAUUACUGAAGAAAUGUUCAUUUCUUCUCAUCAUCUCACCCCGUCCCUCAAAGCACUGAAUAAGAUUUGUGAUGAAAUGGAGCCUGGAACAAACUCUUUUCGAGUAGAAUUUCCUGAUUUUUCCAGCACCAUUCUACAGAAACUGAACCAGCAGCGCCAGCAAGGGCAAUUAUGUGAUGUCUCCAUUGUUGUCCAAGGCCACAUUUUCCGGGCACACAAAGCUGUCCUUGCUGCAAGUUCACCCUACUUUUGUGACCAGGUACUCCUGAAAAAUAGCAGAAGAAUUAUUUUGCCUGAUGUGAUGAACCCAAGAGUGUUUGAGAACAUUCUCCUAUCUAGUUAUACUGGACGUCUAGUAAUGCCUGCUCCAGAAAUUGUUAGUUACUUGACAGCAGCAAGCUUUCUCCAGAUGUGGCAUGUGGUAGACAAAUGCACUGAGGUUUUAGAAGGAAACCCUACUGUCCUUUGUCAGAAGCUUAAUCAUGGCAGUGACCACCAGUCUCCAAGUAGCAGUAAUUAUAAUGGCCUGGUGGAGAGCUUUGAGCUGGGCUCUGGGGGUCAUACUGAUUUCCCCAAAGCCCAAGAACUGAGGGAUGGUGAGAAUGAAGAGGAGAGCAUCAAAGAUGAGCUGUCAUCUCAGCUCACCGAGCACGAGUACCUGCCCAGCAACUCGUCCACAGAGCAUGACCGGCUGAGCACUGAAAUGGCUAGCCAGGAUGGGGAGGAGGGGGCCAGCGACAGCGCCGAGUUCCACUACACCCGGCCCAUGUACAGCAAGCCCAGCAUAAUGGCUCACAAACGCUGGAUCCAUGUGAAGCCUGAGCGCCUGGAACAGGCUUGUGAGGGCAUGGAUGUGCACGCAGCCUACGACGAGCACCAGGUCACUGAGUCCAUCAAUACUCUGCAGACAGAGCAUUCGAUCCAGCCUUCAGGAGUGGAGGAGGACUUUCACAUUGGGGAAAAAAAAGUAGAAGCAGAGUUUGACGAACAGGCUGAUGAAAGCAAUUAUGAUGAGCAGGUGGAUUUCUAUGGCUCUUCUAUGGAAGAGUUUUCUGGGGAGAGGUCAGAUGGGAAUCUCAUUGGGCACAGACAAGAGGCUGCCCUAGCAGCAGGCUACAGCGAGAAUAUUGAAAUGGUCACAGGAAUUAAAGAAGAAGCUUCCCACUUAGGAUUCUCAGCCACCGACAAGCUGUAUCCUUGUCAGUGUGGGAAAAGUUUCACUCACAAGAGUCAGAGAGAUCGACACAUGAGUAUGCACCUCGGUCUCCGGCCUUACGGCUGUGGUGUCUGUGGUAAGAAAUUCAAGAUGAAGCACCAUCUUGUGGGCCACAUGAAAAUUCACACGGGCAUAAAGCCGUACGAGUGCAAUAUCUGUGCAAAGAGGUUUAUGUGGAGGGACAGUUUCCACCGGCAUGUGACUUCUUGUACCAAGUCCUACGAAGCUGCAAAGGCUGAGCAGAAUACAACUGAGGCUAACUAAAAAUAGGAUCUGGCCCUUGAGUGGCAUGCACAAAAAUAAACUAUGGUAAUUAAUGCAAAUCUGGGCACAGAUGAUGCGAGCUACUUGCUAUUAUGAGAGAAGCUUAAAAAAAAGGAAGAUAUUUCUGAAAGACCAGCUCUAAGUAGGCCAAUUAAAAAAUCUAAUUCCUCAAAUUUGUAUGUUCCAGUCCUGGCCUGGAAUGGGUAAUGGGGGCAAGUUAACCCACUGCCCAGCUGGCAAGGUAAAUCUUCAGGCCAGUCGUGAUUGAAGCAGGUGGACUUAGACACCUGCACUUGGAACUGGACUCCAGCCUACCAGUUCCAUUUCACGUGGCAGCAGUUCUUGAUCACUCCUUAUUAAGGUCAUGCUGAAAUGUUUUUGCUCUUACUAUAGAUUCUUAGGUAAUGUGGAUUUGUUCUGGUAGCUGCUUCACUGAAUGAAAUACUCCUUAUGUAAAAGCUAUAAACAAUGUGAUUCCUAGGAUGAGCAAUUGAUUAACAGAGCUCUCUUGUCUGGUUUUAUUCUUCCUAAAGGGUAUUUUAAGUAAAACUAUGGAGAUGCUAGAGGGUGACAUUCUAAGUAUGAAACAAAUAACUUAUGGUACUAGCUUCAAUUUCUGUAAGAUGCCACUAUUGUCACAAGGUGUUUCAAACUCUUGGUAAGGGAAAAUUUUGUAUUUUGGUACUAAUGUUGAGUUUGAACAGUUGUAUCUAAUUGUAAUUCUCUACGGUGCCAGAGAUAGGUAUUUCUAAUUGGUUUGCAGUCCCAAAUCCUGUCCGUUAAAUUGUAGCACCCACGCAGUGGGAUCUACUCUGCAAAUGGUAGGCAUCUGGCCUGCUGGGACUCUGACCUCAAUACCGUCGACUGCUGUUGCCGUUACUCUGUCUUAGAUCAUGGUGCUUCCCAAAGAGGGCAGUCAGUGACCACAGUUAGUGGGAAGAAGCCAAAAGCCGUGGCUGGGAGUUACCCAUGAACUUUAGGAGUUAAUGGAGUGCUGCCGUGACACUCCAAUGAACAGAGUGAGCGUUGUGGAGAAGCAGAAUUUUAGGAGUGGCAGGUUAUACUUGAGAGAGGAAAAACUGCCCAAGAAAAGCGUCUUGAGAAUACACUGAUGGGGGAAAUACUCUUUAGAAAGGUACAGAGCUAAUCCUGCCAGCUCUUUAUGAGUGCUGGAAUGUGUUUUUAAAAGGAGAAAGAAGGAGUCCUAAUUUUAGCAAAGUAGUCUACAGAUUUAUGCUCCCAAAUCGUAGAUAAAGCUGCUUGACUUUACAAGUCCACAUAGCUAUACCUACCAAAAAAACAAAAAAAGCAGCUAUCCUUAGACCUUUUCUGCUAUCAGUCAGAUUUUUUAGGCAAAAAAGAAAGCAUAUAUUCAGAAUGCUUUUAAGCUGUGUAAUAUACCUGAAGUUAUCAUCAGGGUAGGACAGGGUGCUACUACUAUGUCAUCUUUUCCUUAAACUUACUGGUCUGUUACUUCUAACUAGAAACUUUUUUUCCUUAAAAUAAAAAUAAUUUUUCUUGGAUUUGGGGUGAAAUUUUGUUUUAAAAGUUUAGCUUUGCUCUAAUGUGAUAGACAUUGCUGGCAACAGCCUCUGAUUCUCAAGCUCCUAACACCAAGGUGUUUACUUAUUGAAUAUUGUCUGGAAAGGUUAUUUACCAGUUAACUCUUGUAAUCAAGAUUACAAAACAGGGAUUUAUUCAGUAACACUGUAUCAUUCUCGAUAUAUAAAAAGCACUUUGUAUUUAAAACUUUAUUAUAAAUAUAUAUAUUGUUUUUUUUGACCUAGAAACUAGAUAUUACCUCUUGGUUGUUUGCCACAUUAAUAUCGUCUUCUCUUAGUUUUGAAACUUCACCAGUUGACAGUCCUGUCUCUGUACCUGACAGAAGUACAUAGAGGUGACUGUACAAGCUCAGUUGCUCCUUCUCUCUUUCUCAUGUGAGAGGCAAUGGGUUUUAGGAAUGCUCCUAGCCAUUAUGUGUGAGGAGAAAUUGUUUUAUGCCUCCUACUGAUUUCAGUACUAAGGCAGAGAAGCCAUUUUGUUCUGCCGAAAGCUGAUCACCUUCUCCCCUGGUAUUAGCAAAGCAUUUUCUACCUGUUGGGAGGUUUGAUGUGCAGUUUCCCAUUAAUGAUUAUACUUGUAUGAGCCUUGGGACAUUUGGAGAGAAGAGUCUGAGAGGUAAAAUAAAGCUAUUUUGGGAAAAUCAUGGUCCUUCAUUUAUGCUGAAAUCAGCAUAGCGCCCUUGUCAUGAGUCAUGAUCCAGAACUUUUGUUCAGCCAGGAGGGAUGGCCAGCCCUUGGGUGGUAGUUUUGGAAGCAUUCAGUGGUGCGGGGACUUAUUUAAGUGUGCUGUGGAGAGAAGAGUAUGUUUUGUUGAACUCCUUAUAUGUACAUCAGCUACUAAAAGUAGAACUUCAAUAAGUUUCUCACAUCUGCUGUUGUAAGUUUUUUGUGACAGUUGGGGUUUUAGUAAAAAUCGGGGUUGUUCAUUGGUUAGCCAGACCUGUGAGAUGGCUGGGUGUCUGAAAUGCUGGCCAUGUUCAGAGAGAGGCAGGAGAAGGGGAUUGCUUUGGUUUGGAUAUUGAAAGUGAAUUUUUAUAAACUCUGUUUGUUUGUUACCUUUUUUCCUCUCCAUCCUGGGUUGGAGUGAGAGUCUCUCCCCUCACACUCAGGACAUCUUUAGAAAAUCUUUAUCCUUCCUAGUGAGUUUGGACAGUUGUGGGUAACAUUUUCUAAACAGUCUUUCAGGGAUCAUGUCAAUGGCCUACAACCAAGGUGUUUGUCCCCUGCUUUGAAUCUUAACUGUGGUUUUUCUCCAAUCCCAGUGGGAAAGGGCUUCAAGGCACCACCAAUGGUAUUUAAUGUUCGCGCUUAUACCAUGCCUUUCAUUUUAGAUAAUCCCCCGAGUGAAGUAGGUGUCAGUGUCUGGCUAAGGGAGGACUUCCCCUCCACUGCCGUGGUGGCCCUCAGGCGCUCCUCGGCCCCAGUCUGUUGUUUCUAGGUCUCACCUUCCUCUCUGUCCCUUUUGGCCAUUACUUUAAAAGAGUCUGUCCAAAAGGGUCCCCUGGGUUGUAGUGGGUGUUUGGUGAACUGAACUGACCCUAGGCUGGCUUCCAGCUGUUUGGGAAAGCUGCUUGGCCCCAGCGGCCACCAGCGGAGGCACCACACCCCUAGCUGCUGUGGAGGUGAGGCUGAGGCCCAGGCUGCAGAGCUGCGCUCUCCCUUGGGAAGGGGCCCUGGGUGGCUUGGGGAGGGGCCAACCCCACUGAUUCUGAGAUCUAGGUUGCUUUCAUGGGUGGCUAACUUCGUUCAUUGAAACCAGGGUUUGUUGGGGUUUUCUUCUUUGCUACUUACAUAUUUGAAGGUACAAGUUUCUUAUUUCAAAUCUCUACUGAUAGUGCCCUAUGGGAAGAUGCUGGAACACAUUUUGCAAAUGUGACCUUUUUUAGAAGAAUUUUCUGCUUGAAGCCUGUGUCAUGUUAGUUGCUGCUGCCUUCUUUCCUUUUAUGAGGUUCCCAAUGUUUCUUCCAGAAAAGUACUUUAUUUAUGCAAGUCAGGUGACUCUUAGGCCACAAAACCAUUUGAUGAUAAACAGAUUAUCAUUAGGUGCAUAUCUUAUUGAUAUUUUGUGAAAUGUUAUGCCUGUGUUGCAAAAGUUGAAUAGUUUUGUCUUUAUAUAUUGCUGUCUUCAGUGUACAGCAUGGUUUUACUUAAUUGAAUGUUACUGUUUAAUAUUUUCUUCUUAUAGAAGAGACCAUGCCCUUUUGUAUGACAUGUUUUAAUAAAUGUUAUCUGUCAACUUUGUAAAA